AUGGUCAAGUUUCGGGGCAUUGAAAUAUGCAUCAUAUCACAGUUCGACAUCUGCAAGCUGCCAGAGUUCCAGUACUGCAAACCCCCUCGACUAAAGGAUCCUUUCCAAGCCAGCAACCAGCACGAGCACCCGUCGUCCUCCCCCUAUCCGACAGCAGCCUGCUUUGUUCCGACCUAUCCGGGCAGCCAGAUUUGGUUCGAGUACACCAUUGACGGUCCCCAUCCUCUCGAAGCCGCCUGGUUCUUCAAACUCUUCAUAAAUGGCAGGGCUAUCACAUCAUGGGACUGCACAUUUAAGCAUGGCUUCCAUGGCAAAAUGAUGUACAACUUGGUCAGCGAAGGCGUAGAUCCAGACACGGGUGACGCUGUAGUCAAAAGACAGGCACUGAGAUUCGGAGAUGGGCUGGAUGACCGCGAAAGAGGUGGGCAAGACGAGGAUUUGAUCCAGAUCAAUGUGCACAGGAUCGAACAUAAGAAGCGGGUUCGAGACCUUGAACCAGGGCUGGGGCAGGCCGACGCUGCCAGUGCUAACGCUGAUGGGUUGCGGCGAGUACACCUCCGUUGA